AUGUCAUCCUGCCCGGGUAAGCGGGUGCACUCCCUCCCCGGCCUCUGUAUCCACCCCGGAACCGGCCCCUCCCGCGCCCCACCACCUGAGGACCCUAUGAGCCAGAUCCCGCCUAACCACUACAUUCACGUGCUGAACCAGAACACCUGCGUCGCCCGUGUCGAGAUUGGCCCGCAAACGUACCGCUGCGUGGACAAUGAAAGGGUUCUGUUCGCGCCCGUGCCCUUGGUCAUGGUGCCCCCGCGCCACUACUGCGUGGUUAAGCUCAAGGACGCUGACCUGGACAUCCGUCUCACCGGGGAUCUCUUCCCGCUCCACCCUGGCGAGAAGAUCCAGCAGGACGUGACCCCCCUGCAGGUGGUUCACCCCAACACAGCGCUCCGUCUGCAGGCGCUAAUCAACUUCAUGGACGGCACAGAAAGACGCGUGGCGGGAACCGAGUGGCUCUUUGAGGGACCCGGCACGUACAUCCCGAGGAAGGAGGUGGUUGUCCUGGAGACCAUCGAGGCCACGGUGAUCGGCGAGAACCAGCCCAUAAGACUGCGAGCGCGCCAAGAGGGCGUUGACCGCAGGGGAGUGAUCCGGGUUACGGGUGAGGAGUGGCUGGUGAGAAAGGCGGGCGUGUACCUGCCGGGCGCCCACGAGGAGGUCAUCGACAUCGUCAACGCCUUCCUCCCGACGGACAAGAUUAUCCGGAUCCCGCCUGACCACUACAUUCACGUGCUGGACCAGAACACCUGCAUCGCCCGUGUCGAGAUUGGCCCGCAAACGUACCACUGCCUGGACAAUGAAAGGGUUCUGUUCGCGCCCGUGCCCAUGGUCAUGGUGCCCCCGUGCCACUACUGCGUGGUUGAGCUCAAGCACGCUGACCUGGACAUCCGUCUCACCGGGAAUCCCUUCCCGCUUCACCCUGGUGAGAAGAUCCAGCAGGACGUGACCCCCCUGCAGGUGGUUCACCCCAACACAGCGCUCCGUCUGCAGGCGCUAAUCGACUUCAUGGACGGCGAAGAAUGGCGCGAGGCGGGAACCGAGUGGCUCUUUGAGGGACCCGGCAUGUACAUCCCGAGGAAGGAGAUGGUUGUCCUGGAGACCAUCGAGGCCACAGUGAUCGGCGAGAACCAGCCCAUAAGACUGCGAGCGCGCCAAGAGGGCGUUGACCGCAGGGGAGUGCUCCGGGUUACGGGUGAGGAGUGGCUGGUGAGAAAGGCGGGCGUGUACCUGCCGGGCGCCCACGAGGAGGUCAUCGACAUCGUCAACGCCUUCCUCCCGACGGACAAGGUGCGCUUUUCCCGCGCUUGUCGAGUUCAAACUUGA